GCGCAGUUCGGCGUCCUUACUUGUUGUAUGUUAUAAGUUAUAACGUAAACGUGCACAAACCAUAAAAACAAAUGUGUUAGUUAUUGUAACAAUAUCACGGUGGUAGGUGGCCACUAAGUACUAACAACGACUUUUAAGAGAUAUUUAUGAAAUUAAUUUUCAUAAUCUAUUGAUGAUUGUUGUUUUUUUGCAAAUAACCUACCUUCGCUAUGAAUAACAGAAGUUCACUUAAUAGAGAAGAUGCUUUUAUACAAAGAUCCAUUCGUAUGAACGAAAUGCGCAAGUAUGCACUAUGCAGUACCAAACCUAGCUUGAGAAAUGAGCUUGUGGAUUUUGUGUUGUUUAAUGAUAAUGGUGACCAAGUAUGGGGUCAUCUGAUCGUAAUGGCUUCAUCGUGUCCUGCAAUUUUAGAAUUGGCGGAGAGUGGUAGCAUUGAAAGAAGAUUGCUUUUAAGAAAUAUAAGUGCUGAAACACUGGAACAGAUAGUUAAUUCCAUGUACACUGGUGAAUUACACUUAACUCGUGAUAAUGUUAAUAACAUUUUAACUGGAGCUUUUGAACUGAGGAUGCUACACUUACAAACACGCUGUUUGGACUUUUUGGAAAAUAAUUUUAAUGUCAAUAGAGAGGAUUUGAUUCGGAGAUGUCUUGGUUAAAAUAGUACAAUGAUAAUUUAAUAAAAAAUCAUUAAACUUUGUUACUAUAACUUUUAAUAUAAAACUAACAAUAUUAAGCAAUGUUA